GAAAGUUCCCAAUAGUAAAUGUUGACGAGCCUUUAUGGUUAUUAUUAUUUAUUGUUAUUAUGAUUCCAGGUUCUGUCUUGUGUAGAACACAGGUAUUCUUCCUGUGUUUGUGAGGGUCACCCUCAUGUUUGCUGUGCUUCGUCAUUAACUGUGCUUGGAUUUCCCAAGCCUUGUGCCCUGUGCUUCCAGGGAGAGGCAUUGCAUCCCGCCUGACCCUGUGCCGUGCAAACCGGCAUGUAAAACAGGUGUAUGGUCAGAUAAGCAAAUAGGUGGACGGUAACUAUACAGUAUCUCACGCAUACGUGUUUUUGUUAUGCGGCAAACCAGGAAAUCUGCCUGUUAAAGGGAGCUGACCCAGCUGUGACCCCAAAACAAAGUAGGACUCAGAGUAAAAUGGGAAGUGAAAUCGGCAAGAAGCGGAGUUUGCGAGUAGGUGUUUGCUGCAAAAGAGACACCUGCGGCUCUGCUGAGUUUAUUAUGAGAGGCGAGCACAGGGGUGCCCGUUGUUCUUUAUGCCAGUGCGAUUUGGUGUGUCGCCCCGUCACCUGUGCGCUUUCAGCUACCGGCUGAAAGUAUUUGGGGCGCCGCUGUGUGCUGCUUUUUGCAUGUAAACUGAUGGCACGACGCUCUUACGCUCGGCUAGAAAAACGUACGAAUCAGGUCCAUGUGAUGGAUUUUCAUCCAGCAGAAGGUUUGUCGCUGUUUAGGUGCGUUUGUGUCAUGGGUGUUCUAGGUGCAUCUGUGUCUUGGGUGUUCUAGGUGCGUCUGUGUCGUGGGUGUACUAGGUGCGUUUGUGUUUGAAUAUUCUAGGUGCGUCUGUGUUGUGGGUGUUCUAGGUGCGUCUGUGUCGUGGGUGUUCUAGGGGUGUUUUCCCUGCUAAGUCUGAUGCCCUCUCCUCUGGCUUCCUGCUUCUGCUUCUCUAAUUGGUGUCUGACACCAUGUGACUGUUAGUACGUACAACCAGCAUGUGACGUCCCAGCCGCUAUAAUCCUCCCCACCACCAAGGUGUUAAACGGAAAUCUUCAGAAAGCAGCAGUGAGAGGGGGGGGGCUUCCUUAAGGCCCCUUAAGGCCUCCUGACUUGGGCACAAAGUACCAAAUAGCUGGGGGGGGUGGCAGCAAUUGAGAGGACUGAAGGAAAUUUGAACAUUGAGGAAAGUCAUAAGCAGGACAAAGAAGGUGUAUAUUUUUCUCGUUAUCUGUUCAUCCAUCCAUUCAUCCAUCCAUCAUCCAUCUUCUAAUCGCUUGUCCUCAUCAGGAUCACAGAGUUUUAAAAACAGCAGCAGCCAAAGUGACAGCAAUGACAUCAAUAACAAAAACAGCAAUAACCACAGAACUACAAAGGCAAAUAUUACUGGAAAGAUCAAAACUAUGUUGACUAAAUAAAUAAAAUAUGCAGUAUAUUCCUAAAAAUCUAUCCGCCUGGGUUCCACACCGUGUAUUCAGUAUAGGGAAAGGUUCCAGGCUUACCGUGAACGUGUUCUGGAUAAGUGCUAUGGAAGAUAGAUUGCUAGGGUCCUAAUAUGGUGUAUUCAAGUAAUUGAAUUGUUAUAAGCACGCAAAACUAUGACAUUUAUUUCUGCUGUAAUCACGUUCGUCACAAUUACUCACCAUUACUGUAUGAUUCUUAAUCCCUCACUUUACUUGGCGGGGCACAAAUAUAGUAUUACACUAUUACCUAAGUAUUAAUUAACCGCAAAGUCAUAGUUCCAUACUGAUGUCAUGUUAAUACAUCAUUAAUGAACCGUGAUGUAUCUUUUAUCUGAAGCAGUUACUGUAUUUACUAUAUCUGUUAAUUCUGUAAACCUUUGUGAACUACUGAAGGAACCAGUCAUGAAUAACACAAGUGAAAUCUCUUUGUUCAUCAUCAAUGAAUCGUGACGCAUCUUUUAUCUGAAGUAGCAACUAUAUAUAUUUAUGAUUUGGUACUAAAAUAGUAUCUGAGUUAUUAUAAGUACUUGUGCCCCUUCAAGUAAAGUGUUACAAAAAACUAGCAGACAGAUGGUAUGAGAUAAUGCAGGAACCUUUAUGCACGCUUUUCUUCUGCAUUUCUUCUGUGCUCAAUAAGCAUACAACGCUCACGCUUUCUGACUCACACUUAUACAUGUAAAUGAGUGUGCAGACUUGUUUCGAAUUAAAAAUCUCAGGCCAGCCAGCUGACCAGAGUUAUCAACACUGAAUAUAUAAAAAAUAUGGAUACAGUCAUUGUCCAGAUCUGACAAUUAGAUGGUCACGAUGGUAAGAUGGCCAAAAUUUGAAAUUAUGAUUGUUACGAUCGGCUCUUAUGUAUUUUGUGUUUUGUUUAAUGUUUCAGUCUUGUGAUUAUGAUCUUGUGAUUCCUAUACAUAUGUCUUAAAGUUCCUUAAUCAUUAAAAGCCUUUCUGAUUUCUAUUGUGUUUUAACUUAAGCAAUAUGAUUGAGACAUAAUUACAUAAAGUGUAUAAUCUACGAUGAACAACACUUGGCUGUUUUUUUUCUGCAUUGGUAUCGUUGCAGUACCGGCAUCCUGAUAACUUAAUUGGUAUCGGUGUCGAUAUCGAGGUCAGAAUUUUGGUGUUACAGCACUAGUGUCGGGUUACCAUGACGACGGUCACACCGGCGCUCUCCUCCGUGUGCCGUCCUGUGCGCGUGUCCAGCGUGAAGCGCCGUCUCACGCCUCAUUUUUACGCGGUUAUUCCUGCAGCCCUGUUUCCGCCCACCGCUUCUUACGACGCUGCGUUUUCUGGCAACGAGUGGGAGGUCUGGCCUUUAGGCCCUGAAACGCCGCUGAGAUGCAAAGAAAAAGGGGCUUUGCUGUACCCUCCCAGGGCGUCUAAUCUGCAAGGGAUUAGGCGCUUAACAGUGGAGCGAGGUGGAGAACGCGGGCGAAUGAAGAACCAGACGAGCGGGGAGUCGGGGCAGCAAGCGGAGAAGGACCCGGAUCCCAUGGCGCUGGAGCAGUCGGCGACGGUGGAGGAGCUGCUGGAAGCCUGUAUCCAGGCCUUUGAUGACGACGGCGCCUCGAGGGAGGAGUCCCACGUCCGCAUGUUCCUCACCAUGCACCCCUGGUACCUCCCCUCCGCCGAGCUGGCCAAGAAGCUCCUCCAGAAGUCCAGGGAGAAAAACUGCUCCGCCAGUUACAGGACAAAAAUUUGUCACCUAGUAAAGUACUGGAUCUCGGAGUUUCCCGCCGAGUUCGGCUUAAAUCCAGAACUUUCUGAGCAGAUCAGAGGUCUCAAGGAUCUGCUCGCCCGGGAGGGGGACGAGCAUCAGAGCCAGCUGAUAGACAUCGAGAGUGUGCCGUCGUACGAGUGGAAGCGGCAGGUCACCAAGCUCGCCCCCACCUCCAAGAAAAGGAAGAUGUCUCUGCUUUUCGAUCACCUGGAUGCCAACGAGCUGGCUGAGCAUCUGACCUAUCUGGAGUACAAGUCCUUCUGCAAGAUGCUGUUCCAGGACUACCACAGCUUUGUGAUGCACGGCUGCACCGUGGACAACCCCAUCCUGGAGCGCUUCAUCACCCUCUUCAACAGCGUCUCCCAGUGGAUCCAGCUCAUGGUGCUCAGUAAGCCCACAGCUCUGCAGAGGGCUGCGGUCAUCACCCAGUUCAUCACGGUGGCUCAGAAACUGCUGCAGCUGCAGAACUUCAACACGCUGAUGGCGGUGGUGGGAGGCCUCAGUAACUGCUCCGUGUCGCGGCUCAAAGACACGCAGACGCACGUCGGCAGUGAGGCCAACAAGACCUUUCAGAACCUCACAGAGCUGGUGACGUCCUGUGGGAACUACAGCCAGUACCGGCGUAGGUUCUCAGAAUGCACGGGCUUCCGCUUCCCCAUCUUGGGCGUGCACCUGAAGGACCUCAUAGCCGUCCAUGUGGCUUUGCCCGACUGGGCCGACAAGGCCAAGAUGCAAGUCAACCUCGUCAAGACCCGACAGCUUUACGUCAUCCUGCAGGAGCUGGCGCUGAUCCAGAGCACGCCUCCCAGCAUCGACGCCAACCCGGACCUCGUGAACCUCCUUACGGUGUCACUGGAUCAGUACCACACCGAAGAGGAGAUCUACCAGUUGUCCUUGCAGAGGGAGCCCCGUAACAGCAAGGCCCUGGUCCCAAGCCCUGCCUCCGGGCCCGAGACACAGCCCUCGGUGAUUGAAGAAUGGGCAUCUUCUGUGAAGCCCAAGGCCGACCCGGCCAUCAUCAGCAAGCAUAUUGAGAAGAUGGUGGAGUCAGUCUUCAAAAACUUUGACACGGACGGAGAUGGAAAGAUCUCCCAGCAAGAAUUUGAGAUCAUAAGGAGCAAUUUCCCCUACCUCAGCAAAUUCACGGAAUUAGACAAAGACGAGGACGGGCAAAUCAGCAGGGAGGAGAUGAUCGAUUACUUCACCAAAGCGAGUUCCCUGCUCAACUGCAAGAUGGGUUUCAUCCACACGUUUGUGGAGUCCAACUACGUCAAGCCCACCUUCUGCAUUCACUGUGCAGGACUGAUAUGGGGCUUUUACAAGCAAGGAUACAAGUGUAAAGCCUGUGGCGUGAGCUGUCACAAGGGCUGCCGAAGCCACCUUUCUGUGGAGUGCCGUAAGCGGACCAAGAGCAUCAGUCAGGAUCGGCCCCUCUUCCCCUACUCGCGCUCCUACAGCUUCCCCCCGCCGGCCAAUCAGGCGCAGCCAUCCGGCCUGCAGAAGAAAGUAAUCAAAGAAGAGGAUCUGGAAUCACUGGAAAAUGAAGUGUUUGAUGUCCAUCUAUGAUGAGAGCAACGUACACGUGUUUUUAAUGGACGGCACCUUGUCUGUUAGAGACCAGGACAAACGGCUCAGGAGAAACAAUGAAAAGCAGAAAAAUAGACAGGAAAAGUUAAAUAAAAGCUGGAUCUGCUGCCCCCAUCUGGAACAAAGAUGCAUGUGCGCUUGCCUUCGCUCCAUUUUCAUUGGCUCGUUUCAUUAUCGCGAGUCCUUGCUUGGGUGUGUUGUGAUGUACAUGUGCAGCUGGAGUUUUUACAUUUAUGGUCACGGUUUUGGGAGAACGUACAUUUUGUUUCCACUCUAAAGACAUGCGAAGCCCCCAGAAAUGUUUGUGCUUAUUUUUCCUGAAAUGUCUCUCUUAAAUGAAGAACUGUAUUAUUACAACACUGCGAUGGGUUGGCGCCCCAUCCUGGGUUGCUUCCUUCCUCGCACCUGUAGCCCCCAGGAUAGGCUCCGGACCCCCCGCGACCCUGCAUAUAACAAGCAUGGAUGGAUGGAUGGAUGGAUGGAUGGUGAUUACACCGGAAGGGAAUGAAAUAUUUAAGAAGUAAAAGUUUAAUUGAUCAAUUUGUUAGUCUAGUUUUAAUUUUUUUUUUUUUAUAUUAUAUUAUUACAGCUGUGCUGUGGAUCAGAAUUUUAUUGUGUUUUCUGAGAAGCAUUUUUCUAAACGCCGUACUUUUAUAAUGAUCAUUUAUAAAGUUUUUCUAAAGACAGUUUUUUUCUUUUCUUUUUUUUUUUCCCACCUGUAAGCUUGUGUUGACAGUUUGGCUGCAAACACCUACCUCUUCCACUGGGUGGAGCUCUUGCUCUAACAUGCCAUUUCCGUAUAGGCAGCGCCGGGCUUUGUGUCCGGGCCGCACAGACCCUUAGGAAGAGAACAUCGUCACGCGCGCACGGCGUACGGCAACUGUGCGUUGAAGGGGAGAACCGGUUCCGUGUUUAUUCUCAUUCUCUUCCACUAAUCACCAUUUUUAUUUGUUAAAAUGUUUUUUGAAAUGUUACUGUUGGAAAAUAAACAACUUUACUAUCUGCA